AUGUACACUCCUGUCAUUAACGAUGGAGAUUUCUGCAUGGGCAGGUCACCGUGCACAUGUCCUCGUCAUCGGUGUCACUCGGGGCACUCCAUUAAACAUUCGAGUCACGCCCGACCAAAUGACCAACUUCAUGGCCUAUUCUGGCAUUUAGGUCAAGUCACGCCGCUCACGGAUAAGACUCGCGAUUUCGAUCACACUUCUUUGGAACCGCUGGGUUCUUUGGAUAUACACUUCGGCAAGGAUUCGGGGCCUUUCCCGGUGCUGCUUCCCAGCAAUGACGAUGAUCGGCUUUCAACUAUACCCCGAUUUACUGAACCUAGCGAUCCGCUAAAUCCACCCGCAGGAUUCGCUGCAAACAACAGUCUAUUCGGAGAACCGCCAUUCGAGGCUGCUGAUGUUCACUUGAACAUUGAUCAUAGCUCUACUGCCAAUCUGCAUUCUCUCCUUGUAAGCCCGCCCCUGGAAUCAUGUGCAGAAUCUGGUCCCAUUACAAACUCUGAUUUCUGCAUGGACUAUGCCCUUGGCUCUGAUGAUUCUGAUGAGCCGAUGUUGGAUUACUCUACGCUUCCGAAUCUUCUGUCCGCUUACAACUAUAGCCACUCUUCAUCUCUCUCUACUCCGCCUUUUGGCUCCGAGGGCUCACUGGGAUUUAACCUAACAAUACCGCCGCCUACAACGAUGACAUAUGCUUGUCUCGCUGAAUGCCGCCCCCCUUGCAUUAUCACUGCGACCCUAAAUCUCCGCUUACUCCACAUUCGCGAAAACAGUUGCUUUCUCUCAGAAAUCGUCGCAGCAGCGGAGGCCAGAGUGCCAGUGGUCCUGAACCAGCACGUAUGUCGGGGUCUGUCCUUAAAGACAACAAAGAUGCUGGAAUGUCAGUCUGCCGCAUGCUACAAUGCGGAUGCGCUCUUCGUCCUCAGAAUCCGGUUCUGUUAG